AUGAACGCUCCGCCAACUUUUGAAUCAUUUCUACUUUUUGAUGGCGAUAAAAAGGUAACCAUUGAAAAAGACACCAAGGUUCCUAAUGCCAGCAUAUUUACCAUUUUAAAAGAAGACCAUACUCUGGGCAAUCUACUCAAAAAUCAACUAUUGAAAGAUCCACAUGUUCUAUUCGCCGGCUAUAAAAUUCCACAUCCUUUGGAGCAUAAAUUCGUGUUGAGAAUUCAAACGACGUCAGAGUACAGUCCUCAGGAGGCUUUCACUAAUGCCAUCACUGAUCUGAUUAGUGAAAUAUCACUAUUGGAGGAAAGAUUCUCAGAGGCAAUUAGGGAAAGACAAGAAAGGGAUUAA